GUUUGGAUUUGCUGCAGCUAAGCAAUGAGGUGACAAAGGAGACUUCAGCCUGCUUUGAACCGGCAUUUGACUACGUUGUGACCAAAGUGCCGAGGUGGGACAUGAAGAAGUUUGACGAGGCCGAUCCUUUUAUGGGCUCAGCUAUGAAAAGUGUAGGCGAAGUAAUGGCAAUCGGCCGAACAUUCGAGGAGUCUCUUCAGAAGGCUUUACGGAUGGUCAAGGGGGAGGCCAACGGCUUCGACGAGCGAAUGUAUCCGCAGCUGUCUCCUCCUGCGGGAGACGAUCCGUCCUCUGCGCGAGAGAGACUGGAGGAGGAAUUGGCUCGGCCAUCUGCUGCUCGCAUUUGGGCUUUAGCAGAGGCACUCGCCCAGGGCUACUCUGUAGAGCGACUGCAUGCCCUUACCAGCAUCGACCCAUGGUUCAUUGCCAAGCUGCAGCACAUUCAGCAGAUCAAGGAGCAGCUAGCUACCAAGUCUCUGCAUCACCUCACCAGGGCAGACCUCAUCUUCGUAAAAAAAUACGGGUUUAGCGAUCGGCAGAUCGCCAACUAUAUCGGAGCGGAGCUGCCGGAGGGCCCCCGCUGUCGAGAGGCAGAUGUUUGGGUGUACAGACAGGCCUUGGGAGUGGCUCCUGUUGUUAAACAAAUUGACACGUUGGCUGCAGAGUUCCCAGCACAAACAAAUUACCUCUACCUUACCUUUUGUGGAGAAGAGAACGACGUCGAGCCGCUGCACAAAACAGAGCCCACGCCAUCCUCUUCGCCUUGGGGUACCGGCAGUGAGACGGGGACCCCGGGGGGCCGCAACCUGCGGCGGCAGCAGCAGCAGGAACAGGAGCAGCAAGACUAUGACUGGAGAUCUCCCUACGUCCCCCCACAACCGGGUUCGAUUCUUAGCAGUCUUUGCAACUCGCGAGCAGCAGCAACUGCUAAACAAGCCGAACAAACCCCCAACUCGGACUGCUACGUCGUCCUUGCAGUGUGGAAUUUGACUGGUCGGCCGUGUCCUGCAUUUCUACACUGCGCUCUCUCGGCCACAGAGCGAUUGUGGGAGGCGCUUCAGUGGGCGUUUUUGGAUACGGCUGGUCGGGUGAACUGUAAUCCUGAGACGGUCUCUACUGACUACGAUGUUAGCGACAGGCUGUACUUUGAAGACUUGACGUUGGAGACAGUAUCAACUAUUUGGGACUUGGAACAGCCCCGCGGCGUCAUCAUCUCCGUCGGGGGGCAGACACCGAAUAACUUGUGCAAUGCGCUUCGAAGCAGAGGCGUUGGAAUCAUGGGGACGGACGUGGGCGCAAUUGACUGCUGCGAAGAUCGGCAUAAAUUCAGCCGUCUAUGCGACGAGCUGCGCAUCGACCAGCCGGCUUGGAGCGAAUUUUCGAGCUUCGAAGCUGCGCAAGAAUUUAGCCAAAAGGUCUGCACGUUACUGCUAGAGACAGGAGACACCACCUGCGCAUCCACCUGA